UCACAAUCCAAAUCUCAUGGCCAUUGGUGAAGGGCCAUUGGAGUGAAGAUGGACAAGUAAAUCACCAGCCUCCCCUUUCAGCACAUCUCCCUCUUCACCACAAGGUGGAUCAGUAAUGAGUGGAUGACACAUCAGCCAGUGACCUUGCAAAGUCAACAUCUGAGGAGCCAGUUGUACUGAUUAACCAGGAACAGACAGAGACACAGAGUGGAUUUACCAUCCAUUGAUGUUGAUGAACCUGCUAAGAAACUACAUGUAUGGCUUCCAUUGAGGACAUUUAUGUACCAAAUCUUCUGCUGUGUAAAAAGUAAGGACACCAGGGUGAGCCACUUGCACCAUGUGGUUGGAAGGACUGCUUUUUUCCUCACCUCUUUGAGACUCUAAAUUCAUCAUGAUGCUAUUUUCGUGUGCUGUACUCCCAAAGUUUCCCACCAACUAAUUUUGACUGUGAGAAAAAGAAAUGUCUCUACUCAAGCGAAGGACUUUCAGGACUUUUGCGCUCCUGUUGUGCGUCAUUACCUUUACAACAUUCCUGUUUAGCUACACUUUACGAGACCCCUCGCUCUAUUUCUUCAAGUAUGCAUUUCGGCUUUCGGACAGUUUUUUCUCCAAAGGCCCAUGCGCCUGUCAACAAUGUAUCGCAGAGCUGGAGGAUGACCCAUGGUUCGCUGAGCGCUUCAAUCAGUCCAUCCACCCUCUGAUGACCAGAGAGAACAGCAUUCUCUCUGAUGAGACCUUUAAGUGGUGGCAGUGGUUGCAGUCGGAAACGCAGCCGGCCAACUUCAGCGAAGUGGUGGAGGAACUGUUCCAAGUCGUCCCUGGUGAGGAGCUUUACAUGGACGCCAGUCCUGAGCGCUGCAGGAGCUGUGCUGUGGUGGGAAACUCUGGGAACCUAAGGGGGUCCCAUUACGGGGGCCUUAUCGACUCCAGUGAUUUCAUCAUAAGAAUGAACCAGGCACCCACCGGUGGCUUUGAGGAGGAUGUUGGUGCCAGAACAACUCAUCAUAUCAUGUACCCUGAAAGUGCCAUAGACUUGGACAAUACCACCAGUCUGGUACUGAUCCCCUUCAAGACUCUGGACCUGCAGUGGAUUAUUAGUGCUCUCACCACUGGCACUAUUAAACAGACAUAUUUACCUGUUAUGUCCAGGAUAAAGGCAAACAAAGAUAAGGUGUUGAUCUACAGUCCAACAUUUUUGAAAUACGCCUAUGAGUCCUGGCUUGAUGGUCAUGGACGAUAUCCUUCUACAGGCUUCCUAAGCUUGCUGUUUGCCAUCCACAUAUGUGACGAGGUCAGUGUGUUUGGAUAUGGUGCAGACCAGUUUGGAAACUGGCACCACUACUGGGAGGAGAAUCUUUUGGCUGGAGCUUUCCGCCACACGGGAGUCCACGAUGCAGAUUAUGAAUAUAAUGUCACCUUGCUGCUGGCAGACAAGCACAAAAUCCAAAUGUUUAAAGGCAGAUGAUACCAAGCUUACUUUCUAUUUCUGUGUUAUUUCUUUAGACGUUUUGACUUUCUGAUCAGUUUAGCUUCCUGUUUGCUUAAACUACUUUUAGCAAAUGUCAUUUUAAUUAUAAAUCAAAAAAGCUUUUGUCUGUGCAGCAGUUUAUUGACAAGACAAAAGCAAAAUAGUUGCUUUACAGAUUCUAUAAGCCCAACUUAAAUCCAUCUGAGACUGAGCAUGAAAGAGAAGAUGUCUUUAAAAGCUUUAGUACGAUUAUAUAGUAUGCCUUUGCUCCAUGUUAUCCUUUUUUUCUGUACAACAUGGCCAUCUAACAUACAGAAGAAGGUCUUCUGACAGCAGACAAAGUGUCAGUAAUUUGUGGGUGACAGAAAAUGGAGGGAGGGAUUUUGUUCCAAAUUUAUCAUUGUCGUUUGUGCUGGAGGGGCCUCUAUUGGAAGCUAUUAUGGUACAAAUUGAUAUCCAGGAAACAUAAAUGUUUCGAGUCUCACAACAAAAUCCUAUUGAUUUAGCUGUAAAUAUAAUUUAUACAUCUUCACAAUGUGACAGUGAAGGUGUCUGACUUUUUAUUUAUGGAAGUUGUGAGAAGGAAUCAAUUGAUUUGUACCUUCCCGCAUUUACUUCCAUCCUGCUUGUGUGAUUGCAGCAGCAAAUGUGUGAAGAGGCUAAAAGAAAUUGAAAAGCAAGCCAAAACUCAGCCCUAAAGCACUAAUUUUAGAACAAUCUGCCAUUUAUUGUACAUUCAAAGGGCUGUAACCAGCUUUUAGGAAAUACAAAAGUCAUAAGCAUACAUUUCUAUACCAACUAAAAAAUUUUUUAUCAUAAUUAUUUAUAUAUAAUGUAAUUUCUCACCCAAAAAAAUGUGUUUCAACGCUAUAUUACCAGAAACAAAAUUCUUAAUCUAUUACAUUUAGCUGCUCUUGAAGCAUGCGGUUUUAUACAUAAACAAUGGAGCCAAUUUUAGCCAGUUAUUGCUCCAAAGACAAGUAGCAUGAUGAUAUGAUAUUAAUUUCUCAAUAACAAUAAAACUAUUUUAAAAUUUAUAUAUUUUCCCUUGAAGAUUCAACCUAAAAAUUUGUUAGAUGCCCUGACCUCUCUUCUACUGUCAUUAGUUAGAUGUAAUUAAAGUAUGAAUU